AUGAAUAUACGCAAAAAAGCAGAGCAAGUGAACACUGGGUCGUAUGCUGAUCCAUGCUAUCGAGCGUUUACAGAAGGCGAACUCAAGUGGUCCGCGUCGUCCUUAAAUCCGAAGAAGGCCCCUGGUAUCGACGGCCUCAACGCCGAUAUUUGCCGAGCGGCGAUAGUACUGAACCCGGGAAUUUACCUGGCGCUAGCAAACAAGUGCCUUGAGCUCGCCCAUUUUCCAGCGAUAUGGAAGGAAGCCGUUGUAGUCAUUCUGCGGAAGCCGGGGAAGGCAGAUUAUACCCACCCAAAGUCUCUCCGGCCCAUCGGGUUGUUGCCAAUCCUGGGGAAAAUAUUAGAAAAAAUGUUAGUCGCAAGAAUUCAUUGGCAUAUUCUGCCUCAGAUAAGCCCCAGACAAUAUGGGUUCAUGCCACAGCGCAGUACCGAAGACGCCCUCUAUGACAUGAUGCGACACAUUCACGAUGGGCUUUCUAAUAGGAAGCUCAUGGUGCUUGUGUCGCUUGACAUAGAGGGCGCCUUCAAUAAUGCGUGGUGGCCGGCCAUAAAGUGUGGUCUGGUGGAAACUAAGUGCCCGGUGUACCUGAGGCGAAUCAUAGACAGUUACCUUAGUGACAGGAAGGUUCGCGUCAGGUACGCUGGAGCGGAGUACACAAGAACUACGAACAAAGGCUGUGUCCAGGGGUCAAUUAGGGGUCCGACCCUCUGGAACGUGCUCCUUAACCCGCUCCUCAAAGACCUGGAAAAAGAGGGAAAUUAUUGUCAUGCAUUCGCCGACGACGUCGUCCUCAUCUUCUCAGGGGACAGCGCCUACGACGUUGAACAGAGAGCGGCGGUUACCCUCGCCCGUGUGCAUGAGUGGGGGGUCGGAAAUAAACUAAACUUCGCGCCGCAAAAAACGCAGGCCAUGCUUAUAACGAGGAAGCUUAAGUACGACACCCCAGGCCUGCGCAUGGGCGGGGUGGACAUCGUCGACGACAGGCUGACGUUUGGCGCGCACGUUGACAAUGUGUGCCGCAAGGCGCAAAGUUUGUACGUUCGGCUGCAGAGUGCCGCGAAGCUCCAAUGGGGGCUGAACCCGGAGGUGGUGAGGAGGAUCUAUACGGCGGUCGUGGAGCCGGUGAUCAUGUACGCAGCUAGUGCAUGGUCACCGGCGGCAAGAAAGAAGUCAGUCCGGCAGAGGCUGAGCACGGUACAGAGGGGAUUCGUGCAAAAAAUUAUCAAGGGGUACAGGACUGUCUCCCUUCACUCAGCACUGCUUCUUGCGGGGGUGCUUCCCUUGGACCUUAGGAUCCAGGAAGCAGCCUCCUUAUAUGAAAAUAAGAAAGGUCAUUCCACACAAGUAGCAGGAGAUAGGGAGGUGGAGGGGAGAUCGCCCUGUACAUCCCUAGCGCACCCAGCUGACAGGCCGGAGUUAGAUUUCGUCUGUCUGGAAGACGGUGCAGAAAUACCAGCAGAAAUAGAAAUUAAAAUUUUUACGGAUGGGAGCAAGAUAGGGGGAAGGUUGAAGCCGCACUGUCGAUAUGGAACGGCGGAGCUCCUGGCGAUAAAAGAGGCGAGUAAUUGGGCGAGGAAAGCACCUGCGCGAAUCCACGGAAUCUUUUCUGAUUCCCGAUCGGCUCUUCAGACCAUUGCGAACCCCAAUUCAGGCCACCCACUCGCCGAAGAGACAAGGGAGAAUCUGAAAGAGAUGAGAAAAGAAGGUGGAGAUUUAAAAUUCUAUUGGGUACGUGCACAUAUAGGGACGACCGGCAACGAGAGGGCGGACACGUUGGCAAAGAAGGCUGCGUUAAAAGUUAAACGUAGACCCGAUUAUGCAAAAUGUCCGGUUUCAUUCGUCAAACGACAGAUCCGACAGGAACCGGUUGACGAAUGGAACCAGAGAUAUCAGGAAGGCGAAACAGCUCGCGUAACUAAAGUCUUAUUUCCCAACGUGUCCAGCGCUCAUGGUAUAAUUAAAAGUAUACAAAUGGAUUACCUGACUGUCCAGGUGUUGACUGGGCAUGGCGGGUUCUCGGAAUACUUGUACCGCUUCAAGUGCAAGGAGAACCCGUCGUGUGCCUGUGAUGAUAUGACAAACAAGGAGAUCUUGCAUUUGGUAACAGACUGUCCGAUAUUUACAAGGGAAAGAUACGAAAUUGAGAGACCCAAUCACCAUUUUUGCAAAUUUUCACAUUACUUGCACUCGUACUCGAACCCGCUGUCUCCGAAGCCAGAGGCGCGCGCGCAGCCGCAUCGGCAUAUGAGUUGUUGCCAGGCUGACUCACCUCAAUUCUCGCCAGGCGCGAUGCUAUACGCGCAGGCGACACUGCAGAACGUUUAUUUCCCGAGCCGGUUUCUCCGGUCAGCCGCUCAGUUGGACGCGAAAGUGAGAGAUCGCAAUUACAUGCUCCCUUGCGUGCGAGCGAAUCAGAUGACAGUGAAUGAGCACCCGGGCGUUGAGUUAUUGAGUUGUCAAUGCAAGAAGUAUUAA